AUGACUGAAAAAGAUAGUUUUAAAAAAAGAAUAUUGUUUUUUUUUUUUAUUUUUUUUACACUAUUUUUAUUUAAUAUUCCAAAAAAAAAAAAAAAAAAAAUAAAAAAAAACAAAACAACCUCAAAAAGUAAUUCAAAUGUUUAUGGUGAAAAAAAAAUUUUUAAAAAAAAAAAAAGUGAUAUUUGA